UUUUGAGCCUCUCGCUCGUUGGCAGCAGGACUAUCCCGCCGGAGGGAGGGCGGCCCGAAGGACGGACGGACGGGGGGACAGGACCGUCGCCCAGGCAGCAGGACCGGCCGCGGCCCGCCGCCCCCGAGACCCACGGUCUCUGAAACAGAGUUGGUGACAGUUCUGGAAACGCAGCAAGGACCAUGGCUACCCAAGCUGAUUUGAUGGAGCUGGACAUGGCAAUGGAACCAGAUAGAAAAGCAGCCGUCAGUCACUGGCAACAACAAUCAUAUCUGGACUCUGGAAUCCAUUCUGGGGCCACAACCACAGCUCCAUCUCUGAGUGGCAAGGGGAAUCCCGAGGAGGAAGAUGUUGACACCACCCAAGUCUUGUAUGAGUGGGAACAGGGAUUCUCUCAGUCCUUUACCCAGGAGCAAGUGGCAGAUAUCGAUGGACAGUAUGCAAUGACCAGAGCCCAGAGAGUGCGUGCCGCCAUGUUCCCAGAAACGCUGGACGAGGGCAUGCAGAUCCCAUCUACUCAGUUUGAUGCAGCUCACCCAACCAACGUGCAGCGUUUGGCCGAACCUUCUCAGAUGCUGAAACAUGCAGUGGUAAACUUGAUUAACUACCAGGAUGAUGCCGAACUUGCCACUCGUGCCAUCCCUGAACUGACCAAACUGCUAAAUGAUGAGGACCAGGUGGUGGUUAAUAAGGCUGCAGUUAUGGUCCAUCAGCUAUCUAAAAAGGAAGCCUCUAGGCACGCCAUCAUGCGCUCUCCUCAGAUGGUGUCGGCUAUUGUACGUACCAUGCAAAAUACAAAUGAUGUGGAAACAGCCCGUUGUACUGCUGGGACUUUGCAUAAUCUUUCUCAUCACCGGGAAGGCUUAUUGGCCAUCUUCAAAUCUGGAGGCAUUCCUGCUCUGGUGAAAAUGCUUGGGUCACCAGUGGACUCUGUGUUGUUCUAUGCCAUUACUACUCUUCACAACCUUUUAUUGCAUCAAGAAGGAGCUAAAAUGGCAGUGCGCCUAGCGGGUGGGCUGCAGAAAAUGGUUGCCUUGCUCAAUAAAACAAACGUUAAAUUCUUGGCUAUCACAACAGACUGCCUUCAGAUUUUAGCUUAUGGCAAUCAAGAAAGCAAGCUGAUCAUUCUGGCCAGUGGAGGACCUCAGGCACUAGUAAACAUAAUGAGGACUUAUACCUAUGAAAAACUACUUUGGACCACAAGUAGAGUACUGAAGGUGUUGUCAGUCUGCUCUAGUAACAAACCGGCCAUUGUCGAAGCAGGUGGAAUGCAAGCUCUGGGUCUUCACCUCACAGAUCCAAGCCAACGUCUUGUGCAGAACUGCCUCUGGACUCUUAGGAACCUUUCAGAUGCUGCGACUAAACAAGAAGGAAUGGAAGGACUGCUAGGGACUCUUGUUCAACUUUUAGGUUCAGAUGAUAUCAACGUCGUCACUUGUGCCGCUGGGAUCCUCUCUAACCUCACCUGCAAUAAUUACAAGAAUAAGAUGAUGGUGUGUCAAGUAGGGGGCAUUGAAGCGUUGGUGCGUACCGUGCUGCGUGCUGGUGACAGGGAGGAUAUCACCGAACCUGCUAUCUGUGCCCUUCGCCAUUUGACCAGCAGGCACCAGGAAGCAGAGAUGGCUCAAAAUGCUGUCCGCCUUCACUAUGGACUUCCCGUUGUGGUUAAACUUCUACACCCACCAUCUCAUUGGCCUCUGAUCAAGGCUACUGUUGGUCUAAUCCGGAACCUUGCCCUCUGUCCGGCCAAUCACGCUCCUUUGCGUGAACAAGGUGCCAUUCCACGGUUAGUUCAGCUGCUGGUGAGAGCGCAUCAAGACACUCAACGCCGUACAUCGAUGGGUGGGACACAACAGCAGUUUGUGGAGGGCGUACGUAUGGAAGAAAUCGUUGAAGGCUGCACCGGAGCCCUCCAUAUCCUGGCACGCGAUGUCCACAACCGAAUUGUAAUCAGGGGUCUAAAUACCAUUCCGCUGUUCGUGCAGUUGCUGUAUUCUCCCAUCGAGAACAUCCAGAGAGUAGCUGCCGGGGUCCUCUGUGAACUGGCGCAGGACAAGGAAGCCGCGGAAGCUAUUGAAGCAGAAGGAGCCACUGCUCCCCUGACGGAGUUGCUUCACUCGAGAAAUGAGGGUGUGGCAACAUAUGCUGCUGCAGUAUUAUUCCGAAUGUCUGAGGACAAACCGCAGGAUUACAAAAAACGCCUUUCAGUUGAGCUAACAAGCUCGCUCUUCAGAACCGAACCAAUGGCUUGGAAUGAGACUGCAGAUCUUGGACUUGAUAUUGCUGCCCAAGGUGAACCUCUCGGAUACCGUCAAGAUGAUCCAAGCUAUCGUUCCUUCCACUCUGGCGGUUACGGCCAAGAUGCCUUGGGGAUGGACCCCAUGAUGGAGCACGAAAUGGGGGGCCACCACCCUGGCGCCGAUUACCCAGUCGACGGGCUGCCGGACCUGGGCCAUGCCCAGGAUCUCAUGGAUGGGCUUCCUCCGGGCGACAGUAAUCAGUUGGCCUGGUUCGAUACUGACCUGUAAAAUCAUCUUUUAGGAGUAACAAUACAAAUGGAUUUUGGGAGUGACUCAAGAAAUGAAGAGUGCACAAGACUGGAUCACAAGAUGGAAUUUAUCAAACCCUAGCCUUGCUUGUUAAUUUUUUUUUUUUUAAUCUCUGUAAUGGUACUGACUUUGCUUGCUUUGAAAGUAGCUUUUUUUUUUUGCAGUAACUGUUAGUUUUUUAAGUCUCUCGUAGUGUUAAGUUAUAGUGAUUAUUGCUACAGCAGUUUCUAAUUUUAAAGGAUCGAAUAAUGGUGUAGAACACUAACUAAUUCAUAAUCACUCUAAUUGUAUUCUGAAUAAAGUGUAACAUUGUGUAGCCUUUUUGUAUAAAAUAGACAAAUAGAAAUGGUCCAAUUAGUUUCCUUUUUAAUAUGCUUAAAAUAAGCAGGUGGAUCUAUUUCAUGUUUUUGAUCAAAAAACUUUAUCUGGGAUAUGUCUGGGUAGGGGCCAGUCAGAACUGUUAUUUGGAACCUUGUAUUGGACAGUUUACCAGUUGCCUUUUAUCCCAAAGUUGUUGUAACCUGCUGUGAUACAGAAGCUUCAUGAGAAAAUGCAGUUAUAAAAAUGGUUCAGAAUUAAAGUAAACUUUUAAUUCAU